AUGAGGAUUUUUGUCGCCUUUGAAGGACUUUGUGAAUCUUUCGACAUUUCAUCAGAGAAUACAGUGAAAGAUGUAAAGCUGAUGAUAAAGGAUUAUUUUCACGUUCCACUCUCUGAAGACAAGCAAGGCAGGAGAUAUUUGGAGUUGAUGUAUGCAGGAGCAGUGUUAAAGGACAGCUGGAUACUUGCUGAUGUAGGCAUAUCGGUUUCUUCCACAAUUAAAUGUGUUGUUAAGGAAGAAGACAAACCAAUUUUCUUUGUAUACAAUGCAGUCACUCAUGAAAAAGUGCCCAUAAUGGGAAGAAUUUAUCUUCUUGCAUCAAAGGUUUCCCAGCUAAAAACCCUCGUAACCCUGAAGUGUGGCUUCCCAAACAGUAUUUAUUGUCUCAGGACUCCAGAGGGCAGGGAGAUGUAUGACUGCAAUACCUUGAGUGAUUAUCAGUUAGAUAUAGGCACAACUCUUCGUUUGGAUGUUUGGGAUGGAUGGAAAGAAUUCCUGACUGGAUGUCUCUUAGGAAACAAACCCAAGGUCCAAUGCUAUCUGUCAAAGGAAGAUCCAGUACUCAAAUAUCAAAAGAGGGUAGCGCUCUAUAUGGCAGCCUUUUUUGGGCACCUUCAGCUUUUGGCAUGGCUCCUGAAACAGGGGGCAAGGCCCACUGAACCAGUUGGCAUACAUCCCUAUCGUGAGUGGUGUCAUGAAAAUGACCAUCCGGAUGUCAAGAAAUGUCCUGUCCAUGCAGCUGCUGAAGCAGGCCAGCUCAUGAUGCUGAAAGCCUUUGUUAAUUACAGUGUCUUAUGCCUCCAGUGCCCAAACUCAACAGGGCAAACUCCACUGCAGUUAUGUAUCCAACACAGACGUAAGGACUGUGUGCUGUAUUUGGUCACCAAGAUAUGGUCGGUGGUUUCCUACCCUAAUUUCUCCCUCUCCAUGAAAAUCUACCUUAAAUUAAAGCUGUGGCUUCUGAAGGCUCAAAGUAACAUCCGUAUGAUGAAGCGACGCAACCAGACAGCAGUCUUUAGAACACGAGUCGGGGAUCUUGUCCUUGUCGAUGGUUUCACAAAACCAAAAAUGACUUCCAAAGGUUUUUAUUCUACCACAGUCCAAGAUGCAGACAGCAGAGGCUGCCGGCUGCCAGACUUGAAUAAACAGUUCCAACACGGGCAGGGUAUAUGUCAUUUGACAGUUUCAAAGAGGUAUCUCAAAGGGACAACUGUCAAAUUACCUCCAGUGUUAGAUGCUAACAGGAGAGCUAACAUAGACAGAUGCCAACAAAAAAAGAACACGAGAAAGAAGAAGGUGAACUGUAACAAUGAAGAAUAUAUGGACCAAAGUAUGUGUUUAGUAAGAGUUCCUCUACCACCUAAUUCUGUCCUCAAGCCAGCAUAUUAUUAUUCCAUACCCAAUGCAAAAUUUCUGCUAAAUCCUUCUCUGGAGUCUUUUUCAGAACACAGUGGUAGAACACCAAGGGAAAAUGCCAUCUACUGCCUAGCCAUAGCCAGUGCAUUUAAAGAGAAGCCAUGGCUCCAACAACUGGGCAUCGCAAGAACCCUGGCUAAAAAAAGCAUAUGCAAACCUGUGUACUGAUCAGACCCGGGACACAA